AGAAUCGACUCUUCAUUAAGCUUUUUAAGAGUCGGAUUUUACCUGUGACGUGUCCAUGUUUAAUUGGAAAGAGAUUGAGAAUCCAACAAUUACUUUUUUCUACAGAAUCAAUCUCUGCUCUUUCUCACCAUUUGCCCUUCUUCUCUAAUGUGAUUCAAUGAAUUCAAUGGAUUCUACUUUGAAUCUGCUUUGAAUCGAUGUCUUCUCUUUCUCUCCCUCUAAUCUUUCUGUGAUUCCGGCCGAUGUUCAUCACAAUCUCUCCGAUAAACAAUAUGAGAAGCAGAAAAUUCUGCGCUUGAAGGGAAUGAUGCCGUCAAGUGGAAAGGUGCUUGUUUCUAUGAGAACAGGGCUUGGGUGGAGUUUCACAACAAGUCCGCUAGCGAGUUCGGCGGAGGCACACUUCACAUCAAGGCUUAAAAGUGGAGCAAUCUUUGAGAAUCCAUUGUUUCUUUAUUGCUUCUUAUCAAGAAUCGUUAACUUUAAAGCUCGUUCUGAACCAUCGGUUACAAACAUUACAACUGAUCAAAUCCAAUCUGGUGAUCUACUAGCUAUCUCGGACGGUGGGGUGGUUUCGAGACUCUUGAGAAGUGGUGAAUCAGGGAAUGAAAACGAAAAGGUUGCCUCUUUCAUGACUGUUUGGAGGAAAAUGCAGCCUGAUAAUGCUGCUAAUAUGUGGAAUGAAGCCUUGAACAAGCGACUGGGAACAAAGUUCGAUUUUCCUUCCUGUUUUCAUUUACUAUGCGGGAGACCAGUCAUUGAUCCGUCUCUUCCGAGAGAGGAAGUGAACUUGAUCGAGUGGGCGAUGAAACUGGUGAAGAAAGGGAAGUUGGAAGAGAGCAUAGACCCUUUUCUUGAAGGGAAAGUGAGGCUUGAAGAGAUGAAGAAGUACUGCGAGAUAACAGAGAUGUGUUUGGCCCAAAACGGAACUGAGAGGCCAACAAUGGGAGAUCUGUUGUGGAACGUAGAAUUCAUGCUUCAGGCUCAAGCGAAAGACAGAAAGCAACAAUGGUGGAUGAUAAGUCACAGGCGAGCGUGGUGAGGUCAACGGUGCAGUUCAGUGUGAAUGGCAUGGGAGAUAUUGCAGGAGUCUCAAUGAGCAAAGUUUUCGUACAAAUGGUGGAAAGAGAAGAGACACGAUAAAACAUCUUAAUUUAAAGGUCUUGUUUGUACAGGAGGAAGAAAGAGAGAACACAGUACUGUUUUAUACUCCAUUAUUAAGAACCUCUAAUAAGAUUCUACCAUUGGAGCAUAGAAAAUAAAAUUAUCUUAACAAAGGUUUUUAACAAGAAAAUUAUAAUUAAAUAUUAACUAAGAAUUCCAUUAAGUUUCUC